GUUGCUUGCCAGCGCUUGUCCCCAUCGCACCGAGUGCCACCAUCGCUGGGUCAGGUCGCAGGAGUGUCUCCAAUUAACCUGGCUCCCCAGUGGCCCUUAAUUGACACCUCAGGCUUCCUCCUCACCCCCCUCCCUUCCUACCAUGUUGUCCCCACCUGCACAUCCACCAAAGCUCCAGCAGCUGCUGGGGACCAGUGACAGUAACCCAGAUUUACUCCUAAAUCCAGUGACAGCCCCGUGACAGCAGCCUUGUCCUUCUGCUCUGAGGACAGAGCCCUUGAAGUCCCACAUAUCUAUGCGGGUCGAUGUCCCAAUGAAGACAUGGGGAAACUGAGGCAGAGAGAGAUGGAGGGGCUCUCGGAACGUCACUGCAGGACACAGGGAGUCCCGUGUGGAGGGACCUGUCCCACGGUGGGGCCAGCCAGCCUGGCCUGUCCCUUUUAAGCUUUUGGAGCUGUUGCCAGCCUGGCUUAGUGGGGUCCCCAUCCUUUUGACUGGCUGUUCAGCAAAUUAAGAGCUUGCUAUUAGACUGCUAAUUAAAGGCACUUCAUUAGCAGCAGGGGAGGCAGCUCCUGGCCGCAGCGAAAUUGGAUUCCUCUGAGCUGCCAUGAGCUGCAUCUCUACUCUCUGGGGCUGGGGGCUGCAGCCUGGGGCUGGGGGCUCUGCCACCCUGGUCCCGACAAGGGCAGAUGCCCCCAUUCAUCAGGACACGUGGGUCACCAGCCCUCCUACCCUCAUCACUGCAGAUAGGGCAUAGCUGCCUCGCAGCCCGAUGUGAUGGUGGGGGGCUGAUGGCGGUGCUGGGAGAUGUGGACAUCCCCUUCAACCCUCUGCUUCCAGUCCUGAGGAGCCCCAUUGAGGCAGGGAGGGUUCCAGACUCCUCCUCCACCCACUUUGAAGCCUCCAAUGAGCCCAGGGGACAAUACUCAGACUGCCUUUCCUUCUUUUCCUUUCCCUUCCCUCCUUCCAUCUGAAAAUGGGAGAGAAGAGCCAGGCACAGGGGCUGCCUUCCUCCCCUCCUCCUCAUCCUCAGACCGACGAGAAGGGGACCUCGCGGCCCAGCAGGGACAUCAGUGGGCGCCUCACCUGCCCCCUGCUCUCCGUCACCCUCCUGGUAUCCUUCGGCUCCUCCAUGCUCUAUGGCUACAACCUGGCUGUGGUGAACUCGCCAGCGGCGCACAUAAAGGCCUUCUACAACGCCACGUGGUCCCAGCGCUAUGGGCACGGGCUGCCCCCUGGGCCCCUCACCCUCCUCUACUCUCUGACCGUCUCCGUCUUCGCCCUGGGCGGGCUGGGGGGCUCUUUGCUGGUGGGGACUCUGGUGGCACGCUAUGGCAGGCACGGCACGCUGGGACGCAGCGCUCUGCUCGUCCUCCUGGCCGGUGGCCUCAUGGCCUUCAGCCGACAGCUGGCAGCCCCCGAGAUGGUGAUCAUCGGCCGUGCCAUCACCGGGCUGCACUCAGGUAUCUGUCUCAGCGUGGUGCCCCUCUACCUGGGAGAAAUCGCUCCCAAGAACCUGCGGGGUUUCCUGGGCCUCCUGCCCAGCAUCUUCAUCUGCCUGGGGGUGUUCUGCGCGCAGGUGCUGGGGCUGCCUGAGCUGCUGGGCCAGGACAGGUACUGGCCCCUGUUCCUAGCGGUGGUGGCCAUCCCUGCCUCCCUCCAGCUCCUGCUGCUGCACUGCUUCCCAGAGAGCCCACGGUUCCUACUGAUAGAGAGGAAUGAUGUCUGUGGGGCAACUGAGGCGCUGCGCCGGUUCCUGGGGACACCUGAUGUGCAGGAGGUGCUGGAGGAGAUGAAGGAGGAGCAGCAGUCCCUCUCCUCGGUGCAGACAGUCUCUGUCCAACAGCUGCUGCGGGACGGCUCAGUGCGCUGGCAGACCCUCUCGGUGGCGGUGGUGAAUGUGGGCAUGCAGCUCUCAGGGAUCGAUGCCAUCUGGUUUUACACCAACACCAUCUUCCAGAACGCAGGGAUCCCCAAAUCCCAGAUCCCAUACACCACUGUGGGCACCGGCGCCAUUGAAGUUGUUGCGGGGCUGAUUGGGUGCUUCACCAUUGAGAAGCUGGGCCGGCGGCCCCUCAUCAUCACUGGGUUCUGUGCCAUGGGCACUUGCCUGGCAGGCAUCACUGGCUGUCUGCUGCUUCAGACUGCCCUGCCCUGGAUGCGUUACGUCGCCGUUGCCUGCGUGGUGGGCAUCAUCGCUGGGUUCUGCAUGGGGCCAGCUGGCGUCCCCUUCCUGAUGACAGCCGAGCUCUUCACGCAGUCCCACCGCUCGGCUGCCUAUGUCCUGGGGGGUUCUCUCAAUUGGCUCUGCAAUUUCACCAUUGGCUUCAUCUUCCCGUUCCUGCAGAUGUCAACCGGUGCCUUUUCCUACUUGGUUUUCUGUGGGGUCUGCCUGCUGGUGGCCCUCUAUGUCUACCUCAUCGUCCCCGAGACCAAGAACAAGACCUUCGUGGAGAUCAGCCGUGUCUUUGCUGCCCGCCAACCCCUCGCCCCACCGUGCCAUGUGGGGCUGCUGAGGCUCCGUGGAUACACGAUGCGCAUGGGAACAGCGACUGGUCCGUAUGGAUCCCUACUGCCUGGUCACACCGUGGAAGCAGAGAUCACGGCCCCAUAGCAUCCUCCACGUCCCCCUCCCGACUCGGCUGCUCUCGGCAGCAGAACAGAGCGGUAAAUAUGUGCAGCAUUACAUAUGUAUAAUGGAGUGUAAAUAACCCCAAAAAGUGCAUUGUAAAUAGACUCCAAGUUUAUCCUUUAUUAAUGAGGCACUGAGUGCCCUGCUGUUUUAGAGCAGCGAGACUUUCAUAAUAUCAAAACCUAAAUUACACUUGUGUCUCUCAUUCCCAGCAAACGACAGCAUCAUUUCAGGCCUCUUUGCCACUGGUAUUUAUUUAUUCUGGUAUUUAUUUCUCUCUCCCACCCGGCGUGCUGGGCAGCCUAGGAGAUGCCCCGUGCCCUCCCCGUGGCAAGCAGUGACCCCUCGACCCCUGCGUGCCGGUGUGACCCACGAGCCCUGCUGUCAUGUUGUGGAAUCAUUAAGGUUGGAAGAGACCUCUAACAUUGAGUCCAAACAACCUCCUACCACCAAAAUUGCCCAGUGAACUGGGGCUGAGGCACAGGUCGCCCAGAGAGGGGAGGGGUGGGGACAUUCACUUCCCUGGAGACACCCAAGGUCGGGCUGGAUGGGCUCUGAGCACCUGACGAAGCUGUAGGUGCCCCCAUUCAAUGCAGAAUGGGACCAGGUGGCAUUUAAGAGUUCCUUCAGCUCAAACAAUGUGGUAGUUCUAAAUAAUCCCUCAUGGGGUUGGGAGAAGUACAGGGCUCCAGCACUGCCCAAGCCCACCAAAAGGAUUCAGCCAUACUCAGAGGGCACUGAGGAUGAGGGGAUGACACAGCGAUGGUGAGGGGAAGGCUUUGAAAAAAUCAGAGGUGUUACAGAGAAGUGACUUCGGUGCCGUGAGGGUACUCACGGCCUUGCUAGGAUCUGUGGAAGCAAAGACAGAGGUGAUCUGCCCGGGGUGCCUUCCUACGGUGCGCCCAGUGCUGAGGGAAGGAGCACUGGGUGGAGAGGAGAGUGAAGAUGUGUGCCAUUCCAAACCACAGCACGUUUCCUGGGAUCCAACGCUCCCCAACCCAACCUCUCCAAAACGCGUCUUUGAAGGAUGAGCUAUUCAGAAAAUAGCUAUACGUGCACAAGCGUGCUUCCCUAUAGAAAGAGAAGGAAGGAUCCCGUAUGGCGGAGCGGGUCGGUGCCGGGGCGGUCGGGGCGCGAGGUGCGCGCCAGCAGAUGGCACUGCCGGGAUUUAUGGCUGCAGCAAGCUGCCUCUCGGA